AUUUGGUCGCAGACCAUCGAUUUAUUUGAUUUUCGUGAAUAUUUCUUUUGUUACGUUCGCAUUAGUAAUUAUAGUUUUGAUAUUCGCAGUUUUGUGUUCUCGUAACAAUCAAUUCCUGGCGUUACGGUCGCUCGCUUUUGUGGGGCGCAAUUUCGAUUUAAUAAUAAUAUUUUCAGUUAUUCGGGUUACAUUUUUGUGUAAACAAAAAUUGAAAGGACUUUAAUGGCUGUGAGAUGUAAUAUAUUAUCAUCUUCAAUAGUUGUUCGUAACGGGGUUUCGUGUUUAUGGAUGUUAGUUACGAAUGCAGGGGAGUGGACGCCAUGUUGUUAUUUACUCUUUGAUUUGUAAUCGUCGCGAGUCGUGAUAUGGGUUUAUUGUUAUUUUGUAAAGCGUCGGUUAGUGUGUGAGCAUGUUGGAGGAUGUACCCGUCCACGGCAGCCGGAGUGACCCCAAGGGCUCGAAGGUCUCCGCGCACCAGAGAAAUCUCAGCUUGGAUUUUAGACACGUGACGGGUGCCAGUGGGCCGCCGGCAGGAUGCGGCCACCAGCGGAACCGCUCGCUGGACUCCGUCCUUCAGCGGAUACCCGAGGACAUGACGCCGACGUCGCCCGAGGGCUGCCCCGGCCGGCUGCCCUGCGAGCCGACGGCGCCGCGGCUCGCGCUGCCGCCCGAGGUGCCCGCCGGCUCCGACGACUCCGGCAUCCACACUCCCCCCGACGGGCCCGAGGACGACCGCCCGCCGCCGCCCGCCGCCGCCCGCUCCCGAGAGAGUCUCGACUCCGGCAACCCCGAAGACACAGACAAACCACCCGACCCGCCCGACACUAAUGAGACAAACGAAACAAAAUCCGAACCGGACCGGACCACCGACGUGGACACAUCGAAAAACAAAGACUUCCUACUCCGACUGUUCGAAAGCAAACUCUUCGACAUGAGCAUGGCCAUCUCAUACCUCUUCAACUCCAAAGACCCCGGCGUGCAAGCGUACCUGGCCAACAAACUUUUCUCGUUCCCGCACGAGGACGUAGACUUUUAUUUGCCGCAAUUGGCGACCAUGUAUAUAGAGAUGGGUGAUGUGGCCGACGUCCUGAGGCCAUAUUUAGUGUUUAGGUGUAAACAAAGUGCGGAGUUUUCUCUGAGUUUGGCCUGGUUGUUGACAGCAUUCGGAGGGGACGCGAAGAGGUCGAAAGCGAUGAAGUUUAGAGAUUCAAUAUUGGCCGAGGAGAUCAGGCCGGCGGCGCGGCGCGGGCACCACCGGUCGCAGUCGGACGCGUCGGCGUUGCGACUGGCGACGCCGUCGGGGCGCCACCUUGGCGACCUGGCCUCGGGCCGGGCCUUCGACAGCGGCUGCUUGUGCGGCGAACAGUGCUCCUGUGGAGCGCCGCGAUUAGCACCGCAAACACAGUUUCUCAACGCGCUCACGAGCAUCGGUCGAAGGCUGGCCGGCGUGCAAGACAAAGAGCGAAGAAACGGGCGGCUCAGGGCCGAGCUCGCUUCGCUGGACCUCAACCUGCCGGCCAGGGUGUGGCUGCCGCUACACCAGCGCCCGCACCACGUGCUGAGGAUACCUUCGCAGGCCGCGGCCGUGCUCAACAGCAAGGACAAGGCCCCCUAUAUAAUGUACGUGGAAGUCCUAGAAACAGAGGGUCACGAGCCGCUUCCCCCGCGCCUACUCCCACCAGCGCCGCCCGCGCCCCACUCUCCCCCCAUCCGGCACACGAAGAGCGAGGAGAACUUAGUGCCGGAGUGGCCCGCGCUGUCUCUGUACUCUGCGCUGGAUGACGUUGAUGCUGGAGACUGUUGGAGUCAUGAUGACGAGGACUUGAGCCAGUACCCGGCGAGAGCGCCGCAGCCGGACAGCGUUUCGCAGGUGUCAGCGGUGUCAGCACUGUCGGCGUCGUCAGCGGGGUCGCGCGAGUCGCUGGCGGUGGGCGCAGGCGAGGUGCGGCGGCGGCUGGCCGACGCCACGGCCGCGCCGCCGCCCAACACCUUCCGCCACGACCCCGCCGACCCAUCCGCGCUCGCGCUCAAGGAAUCCUGGGAAAGCAAGCUCGCUCGCAUGCGUUCCUCCUCCCCGUACGGUUCCCUAGCGGGCUGGCGGCUGCUCGGCUGCAUCGUGAAAGUCGGCGACGACCUUCGACAAGAAAUGCUGGCCGCACAACUACUUCGAAGACUCCAGGCUGUUUGGGACUUGGAGAGAGUGCCGCUCAAGUUGCACCCUUAUGAGAUCCUGUGUUUGGAUAAGGAGUCCGGUCUCAUUCAACCAGUACUAAACUCUGUAUCACUGCACCAAAUCAAGAAACAAUCAGGGAAGACGCUCCGCGCGUGGCUGGAGUUGGAACACGGGCCGGCUACUAGCGAGGGUUUUAUGCGCGCGCAGAACAACUUCGUGCAGUCCGCGGCCGCGUACGCGCUCACCAGCUACCUGUUGCAGCUAAAGGACAGACACAACGGAAACAUUCUGCUGGACAGUGCGGGACACAUCAUCCACAUCGACUUUGGAUUUAUUUUCUCCAUUUCACCCAAGAACCUGGGAUUUGAGAGUUCACCUUUUAAGUUGACACCAGAGUUCGUAGAAGUAAUGGACGGCGAAAACUCGGACAUGUUCGGCUACUUCAAGAUACUGAUGCUGCGCGGUCUCAUCGCGGCGCGCAAGCACUGCGACCAAAUCAUACACAUCGUCGAGCUGAUGCGCAUGUGCGGGCAGCUGGCCUGCCUCCGCAGCAGCACGGCGGUGUCGGGGUUCCGCGCGCGCUUCCACGCCGGGCGCACCGAGCCGCAGCUGCAGGCGCUCGUGGACCGCCUCGUGCGCGACGCGCUGCACUCCCUCUCCACCCGCCUCUACGACAACUACCAGUACUACACCAACGGGAUACUCUAAUACCACACA